AUGGUGUCGGCCAGCGCGUGCGCCGGCCAGGUGGGCGCCGUGCUGCCUCUGCUGCUGGUGCUCUUCGACCUGCUCGGCGAGGGAGUCGAAUGUGGAAUAAAUGCUGAAGUAGAAAAACAACUCGAAAUGGGCAAGAAGUUAUUGGCAGCUGGACAGCUAGCUGAUGCCUUGUCUCACUUCCAUGCUGCUAUAGAAGGGGACUCUGAUAACUACAUUGCCUAUUAUAGAAGAGCCACAGUGUAUUUGGCCAUGGGCAAAUCUAAAGCUGCAAUUCGUGAUUUAAGUAAAGUGGUUGAAUUAAAGCAGGAUUUCACAUCAUCCUCUGAUGGACGAGUUUGGGUGGUAAUUGGAGCUACCCCUACAUUUGCAAUGAUGGGUAAUUAUUGGUCUAAAACCCUGAUGCAGAAAACCAUAAUCAUUUUUGCUAAAGCUGCUCUUGCAAGAUUACAGAGAGGCCAUUUACUUCUUAAGCAAGGAAAAUUUGAUGAAGCAGAAGAAGAUUUCAAAAAUGUGCUCAAAUCUAAUCCCAGUGAUAAUGAGGAAAAGGAAGCCCGGUCUCAGCUGAUUAAAUCUGAUGAGUUGCAGCGCCUGCAUUCACAGGCACAGUCUCUGUAUCAUCAAGAGGAUUAUAUUACUGCUAUAAGACUCCUUGAUGGGAUUCUAGAAGUUUGCGUUUGGGAUGCAGAGCUGCGGGAGCUUCGAGCUGAAUGCUAUAUAAAGGAAGGAGAACCAGGCAAAGCCAUUAGUGACUUAAAAGCUGCUACCAAACUGAAGAAUGAUAACACUGAAGCCUUCUAUAAAAUCAGCACAAUAUACUACCAGUUGGGGGACCAUGAACUGUCACUCAGUGAAGUCCGAGAGUGUCUGAAACUUGACCAGGACCAUAAGCUGUGUUUUUCUCACUAUAAACAAGUAAAGAAACUUAAUAAGCAAAUCGAGUCAGCAGAGGAACUCAUCAGGGAAGGCAGGUACACAGAUGCCAUCAGUAAAUAUGAAUCUGUAAUGAAAACUGAGCCAAAGGUCCCUAUUUACACUACUCGUGCCAAAGAAAGGAUCUGUCACUGCUUCUCAAAGAAUGAGCAGUCUGCUGAAGCCAUAAAAGUUUGCACAGAAGUUCUGCUGCUGGAACCAGCUAAUGUGAAUGCUUUAAAAGACAGAGCAGAAGCCUAUUUAUUAGAAGACCAAUAUGAGGAAGCUAUUCAAGAUUAUGAAACUGCUCAGGCCAACAGUGAAAAUGACCAACAGAUUCGUGAAGGCCUAGAGAGAGCCCAGAGGAUGUUGAAGCAAUCUCAGAAGAGAGAUUAUUACAAAAUUUUAGGAAUAAAAAGAAAUGCGAGAAAACAAGAAAUCAUAAAAGCAUAUAGAAAGCUAGCAUCUCAGUGGCACCCGGAUAACUUCCAGAAUGAAGAGGAGAAGAAGAAGGCAGAGAAAAAGUUUAUUGAUAUAGCAGCUGCUAAAGAAGUACUUACUGACCCAGAAAUGAGGAGGAAGUUUGAUGCAGGAGAAGAUCCAUUGGAUGCAGAAAGCCAACAGGGAGGAGGAAACCCUUUUCACAGAACCUGGAACACAUGGCAAGGAUUCAGCCCUUUCAGCUCUGGAGGACCAUUUAAAUUUAAAUUCCACUUUAAUUAG